CACCUCAACAACACAGCAACAACCUCCUUCUACAGUGUUACAUCUGAGGAGACCAGUGAAUAACAGAUACUAUGGAACUCUCUGAUGCUCUGUGUGGCUGUUCGUCCUCUGGUUCUACCCCCCAGGGAAGAAACAGCAUCUGGCCCAGCCAGAACCAAACAGGGGGUCCUGCCUGGCCGGCACAGCCCACCCAGCCCCCAUCUUGCUGGCCUGGGCAACCCAACACCCCCUGCUGGCCUGGGCCACAACCAUCCCAACCAGCCCCAGCUUCAGCCCAAAGCUGGCCUGGUCCCCAACCACAACCACCCCAACCAGCCCCAUCCCAUCCCUGCCAGCCAUGCUGGCCUGGACCCCAGCCUCCCCAAUUCCAGCCCCAGCCUCCCCAACCCCAGCCGCAGCCCCAACCUCAGCCUGCACCCCAGCCUUUUCAACCUACAGCUUCAGCCCCGGCUUCUUCCCAAGUCCCCAGCCAGCCUAGUGCCCCAAGGUGGCCAGUUACCCAAGGCCUUAUCCCAGGCGUUAACCCAGGGUCUGGAUGGCCUUUCAGCCCUGGUCAGUCUGGUUGGCCUGGUCAGAAUCCAGGUGGCUUUACGCCUGCUCCACAGUGGACUCCAACGCCAGCUGGACGUCUGAGCGUGCCUUAUAACCUGAACCUACAAAGAGGCAUCUACGACAAGAUGAUGAUCACCAUCAUGGGCCGGGUCAAACCAAAUGCUAAGCAGUUCACAGUGAACUUCCUGCGAGGUAAAGACAUUGCCUUCCACCUCAACCCUCGGUUCAGUGAGGGGGGCAAGCAGGCAGUGGUGAGGAACACCAUGGUGGGAGAGCGCUGGGGGAAGGAGGAGAGGCACACACAGGGAGGCUUCCCCUUCAUGGCAGGACAGUCCUUUGAGAUGAAGAUUCUGGUUACGUUUGAGGAGUUCAAGGUGGCCGUGAACGGAGCUCAGCUGUUUGAGUUCAAACACCGCGUCAGAGAACUCAACCAGAUUGAUCGCAUCAACAUCCUCCAUGAUGUCAUCCUCACCUACGUCAACGUAGACACAAUACCAUGACACCCACACCCAUGACAUCCAUAUACAGCAUAUAACACCCAGCAUGUGCUAAAUACGUACAAUUAAUUAUUUUCACCUGUUUCAUGAUG